AUGCAAGUUGCUGCUGCGGCUGCACCUCACCUCCUCUGCCCCCACCUCACAGCUGCUGCCACACCCAGAGGGCUUCUUCUCAGCGACAGCGAGGCUCCCAACUUCAAGGCCAGCACCAUGGUUGGCUGCAUCUGUUUCCACGACUUUCUGGGAGACUCAUGGGGCAUCCUCUUCUCCCACCCAUGGGACUUCACCCCUGUGUGCACCACAGAGCUUGGCAGAGCAGCAAAGCUGGCACCAGAGUUUGCCAAGAGGAAUGUUAAGUUGAUUGCCCUGUCAGUAGACAGUGUUGAGGACCAUCUUGCCUGGAGUAAGGAUAUCAGUGCUUACAAUGGUAAUGAACCCACAGAAAAGUUACCUUUUCCCAUCAUUGAUGAUAAAAAUUGGGACCUUGCCAUCCUCUUGGGCGUGCUGGACCCAGCAGAGAAGGAUGAAAAGGGCGUGCCUGUGACAGCUCGUGUGCUAUCUGUGUUUGGUCCUGACAAGAAACUGGAACUGUCCAUCCUCUAUCCAGCUACCACUGGCAGAAACUGCGAUGAAAUUCUCAGGGUAGUUAUCUCUCUCCAGCUGACAGAAGAAAAGAGGGUUGCCACCCCUGUUGGUUGGAAGGAUGGAGAUAGUGUGAUGGUCCUUCCAACCAUCCCUGAGGAGGAAGCCAAAAAACUUUUCCCUAAAGGAGUCUUCACCAAAGAACUCCCAUCUGGCAAGAAAUACCUCUGCUACACUCCACAGCUUUAG